AUGUCCAGAGGCUACAACACGCCAUCGACUAAGACCAACGCGAAUACCAACGACAGCUCUCUAAACGCGUUACUCACGUCGCACCUACAGCCAGGCCCGCCUCGACAGUCAAUGGAUGGUAGACAGCCGAACUACCCGCAGUCAGGUUUGGAUUCACCAUACGCGUCUUACAACGAACAUCAGUCUGAAGGAUCAUCUGCAGAUCAAGCGUCUGCUGUGCAAUACCAGCAACCCCAAGACUACAAGUCCUCCAACUACUCCGCGUCGGCAACUCCGGACUCGAGCUACGGCUUGCCGCAAUCAGCGCGUUCAGGCAGCUUUCCAGAGUACAUACAACGCUCUUACGCGGACGGCCAGCAGCAGGAACGAUACCCUGCAGGCGCGCAGCAGAGCGGUAUGGCGCAAACAUCAAGUCCGUCCCUACCAAUGGCCAAUGGCCAAAACGCCAACAACGCGUCCAAGAACGCAGACUCUGACGAUGAAGUACCAAUAGAUCCCUCCAUUGCUCAAUCGAGCCCGAGCUACCCUCACAACUACUCGCCCUACCCACAACAACAACAACAGCAGCAGCAACACGACAUGCCUCAGUAUGCCGGCCAGCCGAAUAUGCAAUACCAGCGCCCAGAGUGGGCAGGUCAGUACCCACAAGCCAUGAGCUACGGCCACUCUCCAGCAACGACAGGCGGCGCGGCGCCUAACAUGGUCGCGCACGCGAUCCCAAGACCACCUGCGGUGGGUACCUACUAUGGUGCGCCUCCUGUAGUGUAUCCUAACGUUUCACAGGGCGGCCAUCCGCUCUCUACUGUGUACUCGUUUGUGCCCAUCCCAGGUGCGCAACAACAUAAGCGUCCUCGGAGAAGGUAUGAAGAGAUCGAACGCAUGUACAAGUGCGGAUGGAAUGGCUGCGAGAAGGCGUAUGGUACCCUCAACCAUUUGAACGCACAUGUGACGAUGCAGUCGCAUGGCACGAAGCGAACUCCAGAAGAGUUCAAAGAAAUCCGCAAAGAAUGGAAGGCGAAGAAGAAGGAGGAAGAAAACCAGCGCAAAGCUGAAGAAGAACGCCAACGCCAAGAAGCUCAACGCACCGGACAAGACACCUCGCAGUCUCAAGGCCAACCUGGCCAGUACGGGCAGCACAUGAUGCAACCUCAGAUGGGCGGCCCACAGCUUCCACCCAUCGGGUACCAGCCUGCCGGCGGUCAGCCAAGCCAGUACGCUCAAGCGCAGCAAGUCGACGGUGCCCAACAGUACAGCAAUAACAGCCAGAUGUACGGCGCUCAAGGCUACCCUCAAAGCCCAUACGGACAAGGUGGUCUCCCAUAUCAACAGCAACGUGCGUAA